AUGGCUGCCCCAGCAGUUCAUAGCCUGCCCCAAGCCGGAAACUCGGUCGGCAUCUUCCCGCAAUUGACGGCGCGCCAGAGCGAGACCCUCGUGCUCAAGGAAAAGAUCCUUUCCAUCACCGGCGACAGCUUCGACAUCAAGCUCGCCAAUGGCCAACCGAUCCUCCGUGUGCAGGGCAAGGCGCUGUCAAUCUCGGGCCGCAAGGCUGUCUAUGAUAUGUCGGGGAAUCACCUAUUUGAUAUCGUCAAGGAGCACUUGCACCUCCACACGACAUUUGCGGCGCAGGAUCCCAAGGGCAACAAGAUUAUGGAGGUGAAGAAUAGCUUUGCUCUCAUCGGCUCAAAAGCGACCGCGACGUUCGUUUCACCACAGACAGGCAAGACGGAAUCGCUCGAGAUGAAGGGGAAUUGGCUAUCGACACAGGCCGAUAUUGUUGACACGAAUACCGGCCAGGUGCUGGGGCGAAUUGACAGAAACAUGCUCCGGGCGCGCGACUUCUUCGGUGGGAAGCAGACGUACGCGCUCACGGUGGCACCGGGGGUCGAUAUGGCGCUCAUGUGUGCCCUGUGCAUCUGUCUGGACGAGAAGAAGAAUGACAACAAGGGUUAA